AUGAGGCUUUCAACUCCAAUAAUUACCUUCCUCUGUAUAGUAUCAUAUGCUUUUGGUGCGACUCCAGAGCAGAGCAAGUUCGAAAAAUAUCAAUCCCUGUCUCGCUUCAGGCCACUUGACUUGGACGAUUCGACAUAUGAGGACCUUACUUCACAGCCACGGGACUAUUAUGUUGCCGUUAUCCUAACAGCUACGGACGUGCGCUAUGGAUGUUCCUUAUGUCGCGAGUUUCAGCCCGAGUGGGAGCUCAUUGCACGAAGUUGGAACAAGGGUUCAGAGCCUGAUGGACUUAAAUUGCUUUUUGGUAGCCUUGACUUUAGCAAUGGGAAGGCUACUUUUCAAAAGUUGAUGCUUCAAACUGCCCCUGUUCUCCUUGUCUUUCCCCCUACUCUCGGUGCAUUUGCCAAAGUGGACGAUGCACCCCUAAGAUUUGAUUUCAGUGGACCGAUCUCUGCAGACCAGUUGUACACUUGGAUUAAUCGGCAUCUCCCCGAAGGGCCGAAGCCUCCUCUUGUCCGGCCCAUAAAUUACAUAAGAAUAGUUUGCGCUGUGACAAUUUUGAUGGGUACAGUGACUAUGUUCAGCAUUCUAUCUCCUUAUGUUCUCCCGAUAAUCCGGAACCGAAACCUGUGGGCUGCUUUCAGUCUGAUAGCUAUUCUGUUAUUCACGAGUGGCCAUAUGUUUAAUCAUAUUCGCAAAGUACCAUAUGUUGCCGGUGAUGGCAAGGGUGGUAUCAAUUAUUUUGCAGGUGGGUUUUCAAACCAGUUCGGGAUGGAAACACAGAUUAUUGCUGCUAUCUAUGCUGUCCUUUCAUUUGCAGCCAUUGCGCUAGCAAUGAAGGUCCCCCGCAUCACAGAUAGCAAAGCACAGCAAUGGCAGCAGCAGUUGGAGUACACUGUGUUAAGCAUUAUUGCAACAAUGUCUCAGCCUGAUGAGAAUAUUGGCCACAUAUUGGCUUCCUCAGCAACUAGCACCACGCUCUUGAUCGCUAUCCAGUUGGCUUCUAAGCUUUUUACUUUCAUUUCAAACCAACUUAUUCUGCGGAAGAUAUCUCCCGCAACUUUUGGAAUUGCUGCUCGACUUGAGCUCUGUUCCAUCUCGAUACUAUACCUCUCUAGAGAGAGUAUUAGGAUAGCGAUUCAAAGACAACCUUUGGGGCCAGAUGCAGCCGCUACGGUCAGUCCUGAUGAGAAACGCGCUCAAAAUGACUACCAAAAGAUAAACGAAAAGGCAGAAGCGCGUUUUAUCGCCUCUCAGUCAGUAGUGAACAUGUCUUAUUUGAGCGUUGGAAUGGGAAUUCCAUUAGCUAUGGCUUUUGCUACUUCCUACAUGCAGUCUGCCUCUGAAAAUCCCUCACAAGCACAAUUCUAUAAACUAAGCGUGAUGAUCACCACAAUAGCAUCACUUAUGGAACUAUGCACUGAACCUUUUUUUGCUGUAGUACAGCAGCAUAUGCUAUACAAAAAGCGAGCAGCAGUUGAAAUGGCUGCUGUAUUUGUGAAGACACUCGCAGUCUGCGGUUCUGUGGUAUGGGCUGCUUAUGGAGAUCGCAGUAUCGGUGUCCUACCCUUUGCACUGGGUCAUCUAUGCUAUUCGUUUGCUCUCAUCUGCGGCUACUCCAUAGCAAUACUGAGGUUUAAAAGCCAAUGUCCCUUUUCAUUACUUCCUAAACGGAUAAGUUCAAGGUACGCAGGCGACUUGGUUAAAUAA